AUAUUUGUUCCAUUAUAUAUGCAUAUGUAUUGAAGGAUACAUAAGUAAAAGUUUGGGUCUUUUUAAAGUGUCAAACAGUUCGUCCACGGUCCGUCAGUCUUAUUAAACCGAAGAACAAAUCGUGGUCAAGAAUAUCUCACUAGUCUUUCUUAAUUUAUGUUGUCUUAAAUGAAAAACGUGACACGAUCAAGAAGAAAAGGAUGUGUAAUUAUUGACGCGUAGACUUUAUAACAUGCAUAUGGAAUGGUUUAUAUUUAAUUAUUAGUUUUUGAAUUACACAUCAACGGAAAUCACGAUACCAUAUUUUAUAAUCUUAAUUUUUGUUAGUUUAUACUACUUUAUAGUUACAAUGAAGCACUUGAUAAACAAGAAGGUAAAGUACCUAUCGUCUAUUUGUAUUAAUUAAUAGAAAAGCUGGUCUUCAUUGGUGACUUUGUUUUCACACGCGUUUUAGCUGAUUCUUAUAUAAACAUAUCCGCAUUCUCUUCUUUUCUACAUCAAAUAUUUUCUCUUCGUAUAUAAUUUUUCUCAAGUGUACUAUUUUCUUCCUUCUUUUAUCUGAGGUAUCUCUUCUUCCUCUUCUCAAUCACCAGAUCUUAGCAGUUUUUGGAAAAGAAAUAUGGAAUUUGUGAACAGCUCUACACCAAGAUAUGAAUGUCUCCUCUUUGAUUUGGAUGAUACUCUUUAUCCAUUAAGCUCUGGUUUAUCAGAAGCAUGCGCUAACAACAUCAUAGAAUUCAUGGUUGAGAAGCUUGGAAUAGAUGAAGAUGGAGUCGUUGAGCUAAACCAAAUUCUCUACAAGAAAUAUGGAACUUCGAUGGCUGGUCUAAAGGCCGUAGGUUAUGAAUUCGACAAUGAUGAGUACCACAGAUUUGUUCAUGGAAGAUUACCUUAUGAAAACCUUAGACCAGACCCGGUUUUGAGAAAUCUCCUCCUCACUCUUCCUUUGCGUAAAAUGGUUUUCUCGAACGGAGAUGAAGUUCAUGUGAUGAAGUCUCUAAAGAGACUCGGUAUCGAAGAUUGUUUUGAGAGAAUCAUAAGCUUCGAGUCCUUGAAUCCUAAGGUCAACGAGACUGAGGUUUCUCUAGAAAAUUACCUUCCUGAGAUUCCGGUUAUCUGUAAACCAGCAGAGAUUGCUUUCGAGAAAGCUUUCGACAUUGCACAGCUCAAUCCUCACACAACCUUGUUCUUCGACGACAGUAUCCGUAACAUCCAAACCGGAAAAGUCAUGGGUCUCCAUACAGUCCUGGUUGGUAAAUCGGAAAAAGUGGAAGGAAGUGAUCACGCGUUAAAAAGCAUUCACAACAUGAAAGAAGCAUUUCCGGAACUAUGGUCGGAAUCGAACAACAAAGAAUCUGAAAGAAUUGGUUACGCCACACAAAUCUCGAUUGAAACUUCUGUUCAUGCUUAGUUUUACAUGUUUUAUUUAGUUUUCCGAAGAAGUUUACAUCUAAUUAUGAUUAAUUAAUGUAUGGUGAAAUAAAGAUCUAACAUAUACGCCGUUCAUUGUUGCUGCAACGGUUGAUUAUGUAUGGUGUCUAGCUAUGUAUUUGUGGUUUAUAUGAAUAAAGUGUAUUUGAUUACA